CAUGUUCAAUUACUUAAGACAUGGGCUCGAAUUUAGGUUGUGUAUUGACAUUUCUAGAAAAUUAACUAUAGAAUACCUUUUCACUUCUAUAAUUUAAUUGUUAAAUCCGAAACCCUGGUCUGUUCUGCUUGCUCUGUUUCGCAAAAGCGUUCCCGGAAGCCUCGCGAUGUUGCACCUCUGGCUUUAGAAACUGGGUUAGCAUCGUCUUGAAUGUAUUCCUCCGGACUAAACAUUGAGCUUGUUAAAACUUGGUCAUGGUUUCUACAUUUUACAUCAUAAAGUUGAACUACAACAUAAGUUUGAACAAGUUGAGUGCUAACUACAAAAAGUAAAAGCUACCGGCUACGACAGCAGGAGAUUUAUUCCCUACUAGCGCUGACGCCAACUAACGUGCUGGCCAAUUCGGUUGACUAACGACGUUAGCCAUUCGAAACAUAGUUGGAGGACUAGCAUGAGGGAGGACGACGUUGCCAGUCAACGUUAGUAGCUAUGGCCAUGUUGUCUUAUGCUAGUUGUUACAUUACCUAGCCAGCUGCUUGGUUGAUAUAUUGUUCGCUUCGCUAGCCAAUUAUCAGUGUUGAAAAUAUAUGGCUGGCUAGCUUUGAGAACAUCGACAGCAGACCACAUUGAGACCUCUGGAAAUCAGCUGACAGCUGCAGGCAGCCAAGGAGACCAGUCAGUGAUGGAUCAACUCAAAGUCAAGGACCGAAUAUUGGAAAACAUUUCUUCGUCUGUCAAGAAGUUGCAGAGUUACUUUGCUGCCUGUGAGGAUGAAACUCCAGCCAUCCGGAAUCACGACCGGGUCCUACAGCGAUUGUGCGAGCACCUUGACCAUGCUCUACUCUAUGGGCUGCAGGAUAUCUCCUCAGGUUACUGGGUACUGGUUCUACACUUCACCCGCAGGGAAGCUGUCCGGCAGGUAGACGAGCUCCAGCACAUAGCAACCAACCUUGGGCGAAGUCGUGCCUGGCUAUACCUAGCACUGAGUGAGAGCUCCUUAGAAAGCUACCUCCGUCUCUUCCAAGAGAACCAAGGAUUGCUGCAGAAGUAUUACUUCAAAAAUGCAUUGGUGUGCAGCCAUGAUCACCUCACACUCUUCCUCACGUUGGUGUCGGGACUGGAGUUCAUUCGCUUUGAUCUGGAGUUGGAUGUCCCUUACUUGGAUGUGGCACCCUACAUGCCGGAGUACUACAAGCCCCAGAAUCUGCUGGACUUUGAGGAGCGCCUUCCCAGCUCGGACAGCCUUUCUUUGCUUUCCUUCACUUCCCUCACCUCUACCAACCUGGAGUGGGACGACAGCGCCAUCGCCCCGUCCAGCGAAGAUUAUGAUUUCGGGGACAUCUUCCCCGUGUUGCAGCCAACUGCAGACUGGGAAGAGGGUGACCUCACCGACCCGGUUAUCUGUCCGCGCUCCAGCGCCUCAGACCCUCAGACGGUCUUCAAAGACUCUGUGAUUCUCCGGGCUGCCAUUAUCCCAGUGAGGGGAACUUCCCCGCCCCGCAGCCCCACCAGACACAACCCCUUCAACAAGGAUUCGGACACCAACACCUCGGCCGACAUCACCCCCGUCCACACUGCUAGCCGCCACCCCCACGACACCCCCACCACCGUGGAUGACAUGGAGAGCACCAGCAACGAGCUGGAGGUUAUCAGGAUGGCCAGACGAAGGAAGCCAGCCAAGAAGCGCCAUGUCGUGAAGGGCUCCAGCGACUCCACGGUGAGCAGUGAACAGAACACAACGGCCUCCGAGCAAGCGGAGGUAGAAGACGGAACCCAGGUGAGAGGGGGAGAGGGGCUGGAUGGAGACUCCCGUAGCCCCUCUGUGGGGCCGCCGCAGGGCUCAGGGGCCGAGACAGUGAGGAGAAGGAGAGGGAUGGGGGAUGAGGAAGGCCAGGAGGAGAAUGAGUCAGAGGGUCUCCUGCGGCUGCCGGAGAUGACUGACACCUCCAUGGACAGUGUGGGCCAGCCCCUACGUGAUGUUAUGGACCGGCUCAAUGGAGCUCUGGACGGGGGGCAGGCCUGGUGGCGACCAGACAGAGAGGAAGAAGAUAAGGGGGAGAAGACCCAUCAGAGUUCCCUCCCCAGAAGGUCCUCCUCUGGCAGCCCUGAAGCCAUCUUCCAGCCCCCGGGGCAGCAGCCCUUUCGAGGGGAUCCGAUUAUUGAGCCACCUGACCCGGAAGCUGGGGCCCCCCUCCUGCUGCGCCCUGUUCUGGCCCCGAGCCCCAACUUCCUGCAGGCCCCUCCGGCCCCUGCAGACUUUUACUGCUUUAUCCCCCACAAUCCAGAUGCUGCUGCCACGCGUGGUGGCCACCAUGACACUGCAGGGCAUGGCCAGCCGCAGGCUCUUCCUGGUGGCCAUGAAGAUGAGAGAGAGGCAGAGGCACCACCAGGACAGGACCCCUUCUUAGAGGAGGCAGUGGUGGUUGAGAAUGGAUUGCCUGCUGGAGAAACUGAAGAGGACAGUCUCAGUCCAACAGAAAACUCCCAUUCUGCAGAAUUCAAGGUGGACAACAAUCACCUGCUACUGCUCAUGAUCCACGUCUUCAGAGAGACUGAGGAGCAGCUCUUCAAGAUGGUGAGGAUGAGCACGGGUCACAUGGAGGGAGACAUGCAGCCUCUCUACCUGCUGCUGACUGACUGUUACAUCUACCUGCUGAGGAAAGGUGCAGCAGAAAAGCCCUAUACAGUGGAGGACGCCAUCUCUUACAAUGAGUUGGACUAUGUCUCUGUGGGCGUGGACCAGCAGACGGUCACGCUGGUCUGCACAAACCGAAGACGCCAGUUUCUCCUGGACACAUCCGACUCCUCGUUGACUAUCUGGUUCCUGGCAGCCCUGAAGUCGGCCAUGAUUAAGGGGUGCAGGGAGCCUCCUUACCCCUCGGUGCUGACCGACGCCACCAUGGAGAAACUAGCCCUCACUAAGUUUGUCUCCCAGGAGUCUCACUGUGAGGUUUCUGAAGUGGUCAUCCGCCUGUAUUCUUUGGUCCACUGGGAGGACCCCAUGGAUGUGACUCUGGCCCCCCAGACAGCCUUGGUGGGUGCUGGAGAUUCCUCCAGCACUAAAGAGGGAGCCUUACUCUACAGAGCAGGCACCACCUACCUGGGCAAGGAGCUGUGGAAGAGCUGUUACCUCGUACUGAGCAAUGGGAAUCUGUACCAGUAUACAGACAAGAGUGAUGCGACACCACUGAUGUCCAUCACUAUGGGGGGUGAGCACUGCGGAGGUUGCCGGCGCUCCAACAGCACAGAGCUGCCUCAUGCCUUCCAGGUGAUCCUCACAGAGCGGCCUCCUCUGGUGCUGAGCGCUGACAAUGAGGGAGACAUGUCCGACUGGAUGCUGGUGCUCUGCCAGUCAGUCUCCAAAGGGGUGAUCCCCCAGGGAGUGGCGCCCACGCCAUGUAUCCCCUGUUGCCUGGUGGUGACGGACAGGGAGCUGCUGACAUGCCACCAGGACUGCCAGACCAGCUUCUUCCGUUUGCUGGGCGGAGCUGAGCUCUCUGACAUUAGUUCUGUUAGCCUGGAGGACGACAAGGAGUACUGUGUUGUUGAGUUUGCUUUGGACCGAGCUCAGUUCCUGCCUCCCUGGGUGCUGUACUUCAGUGGCUGUGAAGAGAGAGACCGCCUGCUGGAGGCGCUAGAGAGUGCCUGGAGAGACAUUUUCCAGGUGUGUCUGCCUCGUAGGAGGGUGUCAGAGCCGUUGGUGCAGAAGCGUUGUGGCGAUGCCCUGGCUCUGAUGAGGAGCGCCUGGCAGAGGAGUGACAGCCUUGCCCGAGGACGUGCCCAGAGAGAGCCCUGGUGCUGACGGACAAACAGACAGCAAAGCGACAGAUAGGUGGACGGACAUAUAGGACAAAAGGCUUUCACUAGCACUCCUACUCUAAACACCAGGAUUCGGGUCAAUCGCAUUCAAAAUUUGUCAAUUCUGGAAGAGGAUAGAAAAUGGACCAUUAUUUUCUAUGAGGCUUUUUUUCGAUCAUUUAAUUGAAUUUGAUUGGGAGAUGGUACCAAACCUGUUAAUUAUGACAAUAGCCAAAUAGAGGGAAACACACACUCCGUUUGGUGUACAUUAUGAAGAUUAUAAGUUAGGUAUACGAGGGGUCGCAUCAUCACUAGAUGUAGCGAGACGUACGUCAGUUUGAAUCUCAGUUCACACUCCUGGCCUUCACAAAUAUGUAUGUUCUGCAUGACUUUCCUCUUGUCAUUGAGACGGAUUUUAGGGUAGGAAGUGCACCCCUUACCCUAUAGAAUAAGACGUUGUUCGCUAACAGCUUUAAGGUGUUAUUUUGAACCUUAACGACUGCACCACGUUUAUAGUGUGGUGUACGGCGCAGUAUAGUAUUGACUUAUAUUAUAAUCAAUCCGUUCUCAAAUGUACAUUGCCCAUCUCUCCAUGGAUCCAGACAGACAUUGGUUUCCACUUAUAUAGGUUUGUCUAUUGAAAAAUACCUCACAAAACUCAACCCUUCUCUCCAAUGCACAGGUUGUGAUGGAUAUUUUGCUCAAGGAUCGACGGUCACUUGAAGUGGCCUAAACUAUGAAGGAUGUCUAUGGAGAGUUUCCCACUUGGACUGUGACGUUAACAGCACUCAUCUAUUGCCUUUGUCAGCCAUGUUGGUUUACCAUUGGGUUUUCCACUUUUAGUUAUGAUGGUUUGGCAGGUCAAAGUCAGUAUUGGAGUAUCAUAGCGGGGAAUUGUCUAACCUAGCAUGGAUACACUUUUAACAAGAAGGAUGAGAGGAGAGACUAACUUGCCAUCAAAUGCGAGAUUGCACAUUGCACAUGGGUUUAGUCCAUGUUGUUCGAUUUUGAGGGGACUGAUAAGUUCAUUGGGGUUGUGUGCAAAGUUCAUGUUCAGUGUUGCUUUUUAAUUUUAAGCAAAUAGUUGUUUAUUAACACGACUUGUUAUGGUAGUGUAAUUGUGUGCGAUUUAUAAAGGGGAUAUGUUUACUUAAAUUUUGUUUUUGUUCUAGUCUUUGUUAUUUUGAGUGAGUACUCCUUUAUCAGGUGAGUGUCUGUCAUUGCAUUUUAGAUGUUGAGAGUGGCCUGGUCAAGAUGUGGGAAAUGUCAAUGUCGUUAUGUUCUAUGACUUGUGGAGGUAUCAGUGCAUCCCUACUUUAUUAUACUCCCUGUAGUUUUAAUAUUGCUCAGAAGAGAAGGUAGUCGUUUGUGUGUUCUCCCAAUGGGACAAAAUAACUAUGAAGUGGUAAUAUCACUGUUGAGCCAGAACAGACCAUUGCUUGUAGUUAUACUACAAUCAAUCCAUAUGCAUUAGGGAAAAAAUCUAGUUGACUAGUGAUUAUACUACUUCAUUCAUAUGGUUUGUCAUUGCAUUAAUCCAAUUUACCCCUAAAAAAAUCUAUCCCCCACCUCAUAUUCUAUUCAUACAUAAGUAAAAGCAAAUCAUCCUCACAAAUAUUAUUUUGACAAUGUAGCUAAUUACUGAUGUAGACAUGUCAAAAUUCGAUUUUUGUGUUGCUAUUGGCGAGAGGGGAAUUUAUCCAAUGCCAUUGCUAUCCUGGAAUUGCUCUAUCAUCAGGAGAAGGUUUCUGGAGGCUUUCAGUUUCAUUGCCAGUUGCUCCUGAUAAUCAUGUGGCCUUUUUCAUUACCUUAAUUUGAUUGGAGAUAAUGGCCUCAGGCCCAAUUUUUACCAAAUAAAGCAUUACUCUUGAAUGUGGCCUUAUACUGCUGUUGAGAAUUGGGCUUCUGACAAGUCAUAAUACACACACUGUUUAAGUGUCAGUUUAAGACCUCCUUGUCUAACCGUUUGCAUUAUAGUAAUAGUAGUAAAUAUAUUCUCUGCUUUGAGCAUUGUGGUCUUGCCUCUAUUCUGCUUUUUCUGUAGGCGUGGGAAGCCAACAUCCUAGCAUUUUGCAUCUCAGGUUAGAAAUGGUACAAAUAAUUUAGAUGUAGUAGCCUAGAUCCCAUGCAGAAAAGACCCAACACCUCAAGCCAGGGUAACCGUGUCCUACAUUUUAGUUUCAACUGACUUGUCAUUUUAUAUCCCUUUUCGUCUUUUGUUGGUACCUAUCCUAUACCUAAGUCUAUUUUAGAGAAAUGUACAAUUACGGUACAUAUACACUACCGUUCAAAAGUUUGGGGUCACUUAGAAAAUUCAUUGUUUAUGAAAGAAAAGCAAUAUUUGU